AUGUUGUGUGCCCACUACCGCAGUAAUGCAUAUUAUGGACAAGGGAAUGGUUCUAUAGUACUUGAUGAUGUUCGCUGUGAUGGAACUGAAGCUUUAUUGAUACUGCAGUGCAGUCAUUCAAAUCUUCUAACACACAAUUGUGGACAUCAUGAUGAUGUUGGAGUAGUCUGUCCUAGCACACAUAACUGUACUCAUGGCUCAAUACGUCUGGUUGAGGGUUCUUCUAUUAGUAGUGGACGUUUAGAGAUAUGUAUUGAUAAUGAGUGGGGCACUGUCUGUGAUAAUGGCUGGACUAACAUUAAUGCUCAGGUUGUCUGCAAACAACUGGGACAGAACCGUUUAACUCUUUACCAGGGAGGUUUUUUCUUAAGUGAUGCUUCAUAUGACAAAGGAUCUGGCAGAAUAUUCCUUGAUAAUGUACAGUGCACUGGAGCUGAGGACACUUUAAUACAUUGUAGUUAUAGUUCUGUUGAGUCAAGUUGUGAGCAUCAUGAUGAUGUCAGUGUGUUUUGCUUCAGUGAAAUACGCUCACCAGGAACAGUAAUUCUCUCACGUAACAAUUUGGAAUUAACCACUUACAGUAGUGGAGUAGUGAGAGUCUAUUAUAGUAGAAGCUGGGGUAAUAUUUGUGAUGAUAGCUUUUAUGGUUCAGCUGAGGCUAAUGUCAUUUGUCAUCAGUUGGGAUACACUGGAGCUUCAAGCUACUCUAGAGCUGGACUCACAGCUUAUGGUACAGAUCAACUUCCUGUAAUGUGGGAUCAAGUCAGCUGUAGUGACAGCAAUUAUUUAUCUAUUGCUCAAUGUUCCUAUUCUAUUGCUACUACUAAUAGUAAUAGUGCAUGUGUUAAUUCAAACUCUAAUGAUGCUACUGUCAGCUGCUAUACCACUAGGAUAUGGAAUGCUCCAUUUCCUGGAAUGAUACGUCUUCAAGGAGCUACAUUUUCUAGUCAAGGGCGAGUUGAAAUUUAUUGUAAUGGAGAGUGGGGUACUUUAUGCAAUGCUGGUUUUGACUCACUUAGUGCAAGCACUCUUUGCAGACAGCUAGGAUAUGACAAUUAUUAUAUUUAUAACCAUUUAGAAUUAACUGGCUCACCUAAUCAACCCAUAUGGAGCUUAGAUAUUGUGAGCUCUAUUUCUGGUACUUGUUUUAAUUCAAGCAAUACUUGUCCAACUACUUCAAUAUCAAAUUGUACACAUUUACGUGAUGUCACUUUACAGUGCAGAGACAGUGAUAGUUCAACUAAAUUGACUGUGACUACUGAAACUUGUCAUAAUACUUCAAGUUCAAAUUCACAAGCUCCAUGGGCUAUUAUUGGAGGGAUAAUAAGUGGCAUUGUGGUUUUAAUAGUCAUUAUAGCCAUUAUAAUGUGUGUCCUGAUAUUGCGGUACAGGAGGUCAAGAUCUGUGAAAAAUAGAAUAAGUUUGGCUACUGCAGUUAGCUAUUCUAACACACAUGAUGAGUCAUCAUGUCAAGAAUAUUCUAAACAGCCACAAGCUCCUCCUCCUGCUAAUCCUUAUCAUCAAGAACAAAUCCCAACAAUGCCUCUUUCUCAGCCUCAUAGUGCUUCUCAGUAUAAUUUUCCUCUACAAGAUUUUACUCCAUUGGAGCCUUACCCACAACAAGUUCAAUUGGGAUACCCACAGCAAGUUCAAUUGGGAUACCCACAGCAGUUGCAAAGCAACAGCCCAUAUCCUCUUGCCUUUCCUUCAUGAAAAAUAAUUGCUCAAUUGAUAUUUUUGAUUUAUUAUUAUUAUGACUGUAGUAUAAUUAUUGGUAGCUUACAGUUAUUAUUUGUGGUCCAGUAACUUUAAAUUGUGUUGUUGUUAUGCUAACUUUUCAAAAUGCUUCAGUUUUAAUAUUAUUUUAGUUCAGUUA